AUGAAGUUGCCUGCGUGGACCAAGAAGGUCUUUGCACCUGUCUUUUCCACCUCUACCUCUACCUCUACCUCUGACACACCUCCCACCGCCGCAUUCACAUCAUUCACCCCCUCUACUACCAACGGCGACCUCUCAAAAUCCAAGGGAUCAAUCCAAUCCUACCUCUCCUUCUCCACACUCCCCGCCGUCAAAAAGCGCAUCCACUUUCACGACGUAUCCGAAACCAAUACCAACGCCAAUCCCACCUCGACAAGCAGUUUGAUGAACGCCCUUUUCUUUAGCCACAUCCGCGAUCCUCGCACCACCGCCUCUUCUUCCGAGAUGAGCAAGCCCUCUGGCCAACUCCAGGAUUCCGAGCCAGCACUCGUGGUGGAUAUACAAAAGAGUAACAAGAACGACACCAACGACGACGGUGAAGGAGAUGACGAGAGCUACCACGAUUUGGACUCACCUGUGACAACAACCAUCUACUACCACCCACCAUCACCCAGAGAAUCCCCUGAAACCUCACCCUUUCCUUCGCCCACGUCUGACACAGUAAACGGCCCCCUCACUGCAAAAUCCGACCAUAAACUGUGGUGCCUCCGCCACCACAUCGGUCUUCUCCCCUCUGCCAGCGCCUCGUCCCCAGAGUUCCACCACCUCCGACAACAUUACCAUCAUCUCCACCAUCACCACAUGUACCACGACAAGGACUGUGAGUUUGCACGUCGUUCUGCAGUUGAGCCCGGUCAGCGUCAUGCUACUGCCCAGCAUCGCAAGAAGCAGGAAGAAGGUCUGUCCCCUAUGUCUCCUUUGCCAUCAACGUCCUCGGUACCUAAGAUCAAGUCUGUUAUGGCUUCAGUCCUACCUUACUGUCCUCCGACACGCUUUGAGGUCCGUCGUUCGUCUGCCAACUAUUCCCUCGAGGCAUUGAAGAACGAGAAGAGGAACAACUGUCGGUCAUCCUCCCGAGCCUCAGUCUCUACCAGUGCCAGUACAAGUCGCAACAGCAGCACCAGCAACCUCAUUAGCAGCAGCCCCCGUCGCCAUGUGCACUCUGAAGAAACCAUCCGAGAACUCCGCGAGUCCAUCAAAUGCAUGAGCCACUUUGGAUUUGCUCCCUUCUCCUCGCCCUUGUCAUCAGCCUCCAAGAAAUCAGUGUCUUCCAAGGUUCAGAUCGCUCCCAAAGCAGCUCCAACUGUCGCUGUCUCAAACAGUGGUGCCCUUACAACAAGAACUACGGUCACAGCCCCUGCUAGUCGUGUGCGUCCACCUGGCCCUCGCAACUCACCCUUGGCUUCAAGGUCCAUCAAAGUAUCUACCCCUGACGCCGCGGCUACAACUACCACUACCACGACCGUUACGACCACAACAACCGCACCUGUGAGCGCAAAUAUCAACGGCUAUGAGCAGUUAAUCCAAAAAGUCGAUACCCUCGCCCGCGAAGUCGAGAUCAUGAAACAACAACGCCCUUACACCCUUACUUCCACUGCCGUGGCCACCACUAACAACAACAACAACACCGGUAGCAGUGUCGCCGCCAAUUCGGAUACUCCUAUUCAAGCAUUCCGCACAAUAACCUCCAGGAGGAACCCGUCAACAGUGUCCCUCCCACUUCCAACCAUCAUGGAGAACUCUACUGAGCCUAGCAGCUCAGUGACUACUUCCAUCGCCACCACCCAUUCUGACGACGCGACAUCAAUUGCUCCUCCUCUCACGAACGAUGACUGGCCUGACAGGACCACCAAGACGCCCGCCGAGACCUCCACAGCUGGGCGGUAUGGAUAUGAAAGAGAUUCUGGCUUUGAUGGAUUCUAG